UUUGAACGUUCCAAUGGUCGUUUUUGGCGGGCUUGUUUUCGCAAUCGGCAUUCUUUUGUCUGGUUUAUUUAUUAUCUGGAAAUUGUAUAAUAAGUCAGUUAAAAGAGGUGGACAGCGCCCACACGUACAUCCAGCUGCUGCUGGCAGAGUGCGUCGUCGCAUUGGAAAUGUAGGUGGACAGCGCCGUCUGGCUGCUCGGAUGAGAGAUGCUUCAGAAUCUGAGGAGGACGAUAGGCGUGUUAGAAAUGUCAUGGAAAAUGUAGACAUCCAGCCUUCAGAUACAGAUCAUCCAAAAGAAAGUUCAAAGAAAGUUGGCUCCAAAAAAGCUGCCAAGUUAGCUGAAAAGGAACGUCGAAAGGAAGAGCGAGAAGCUGAGGAACGUUACAGGGAGCACCAAAGGAAAAUCGAAGACAUGGAAAUUGAAAAACGUAAGAAAGCAGAAGAAGCAGAAGAAAAAGCUGCAGCAGCUGCAGCUGCUGCUGAAGCUAAACGUCGUGAAGAAGAGGCAGCUCGUGAACAAGCUGAAUAUGAGCGCCUAAAACAAGAGUUUAGUAUUGAGGAAGAAGGAGUAGAUGUACAACAACAAGAUGACAAAGCAAAAGCAAUGAUUAAUGCACAAAUUAUUGCAGCUAUUGAAGAAGCAAAAAUUAUUCCAGUCGAACAUUUGGCAAUCAAUUUAAAUUUGAAGACGGAGGUUUGUAUAGAAAAGGUCAAAGCACUUAUGUCUUCUGGUCGGUUAACUGGGGUAUUGGAUGAUCGAGGCAAAGUUAUUCAUAUUACAAAUGAUGAAUAUGAAGCCGUUGCUCAGUAUAUUGAAAAAUGUGGUCGUGUCACUUUAUCAGAAUUAGUUGAGAAUGGGCAUAAGUUAAUUAGAACUGGACCAAAUACUUCAAGAGGAUAACUUUAUCCUAAUAAAUAAUGUAAACUUGUUUAUUUUAGUCUUUUUUCACUCCCUACUUUGGUUACUAUUGUUUAUGUACCGUUGUUUCCUUACCAAUUUUACAAUAUAAUAUAUUACUUAAUACUAUUGUUACUAGUACUAGUGGUAAUCAUAUGUGAUAACGGUUUUCAAUGUUAUUGUUUGUGUUGCAAAAAAUACCUUUUCAACUUCAAGAUUAUUAUAAAGUGGUAUAUGUUAUUUUGAGGUUAUGUUUUAUUUACUUUAUUUGACGAAUUCUUAAUUUACAAACAAUGUAAUUAUUCCAAUGCAAAUAUAUGCACCUUGAAUAUGACCGAUGA